UUUCAAUUCAUUCUUAAUCUCUUGAUUUCCCUCUUUAGAUCCAUAAGCAUUAUGAAGGUGGCUCAAGCGAAGCUAAAAGAGAUUGGUCCAAAUGACAUGGAUAUGAAACAGUACCAGAAAUGGCAUGAAGAUUACAGCCAGUUUCGUAAGGUGUCUGUCUAUCUUCUAACAGGACUAGAGUUGUACCAGAAAGGGAAAUGUCAAGAGGCCCUCACAUACCUUGUGCAUGCUUAUCAAAGUAACAGUGCCUUAUUGAGUAUUGGAGCAAACCGUGGAGUAGAUGGGAAACUGAUUGAGCUGUACAGGAGGAAAUGUCUUCUGGAACUAAACGACUUGGCUGCAAAAAUGUUUGAGACUCAGGAAGAGGAGCAGGUGUCUGAAGGAAUCGGCAUAAUGAAUGAUCUGAUCAUCCCAUGCAUGCACCUCAUCGUAGACAACGAAAAACUCAGAGGAUGAUCUGGAGGCCAUUGAGGACAUGAGGAGUCGUUGGUGCUCUUACCUUGGUCAAGAUAUAAAUGAAAAUUUACAGCUGAAGCUCGGCCAGUUCCUUCCAAGGCUCUUGGACUGUGCUAGUGAAGACAUUUCAUUAAAGGAGCCCCCCAAAAUCCGACCUCACUCCCCAUACGAUCUGUGCAAUCGUUUCACAGCCAUAAUGGAGUCCAUCCAUGGAACGUCAACAGUUAGGGUGAAAUAG